CUUCACAAGGUUACUUGGAGGAAGUGUCAGGCAACGGCAGGCAGACGACCUGGUUGAGGAUCCCUGAUCACACCCGGCUUGUGACCUGCAGUUUAUGGUCGGCGUCUGUUAGUCAGCACCUUUGGUCAUCAGUAGCACAAUGGAAGAGGAACACGAAAUGGAGUCCCGCAGUACGGAGGCCAGUCGUGUAGCGCAAUGCAGGGAGGAAUACACUAAAUCCAAGCAUGGUAAGCGUCUUCCUUCCCGAGGAAAGUCUACCAGUGUGCUCGGCAAGCCUCUACCCGAGACUGAAAACCCGACUGCUGCUUAUGUUCCUGCUUCUGAUAUAUAUUCAGGCGUGUCUGCUGCUGCUAGUCGUGCUUUUGACAACGCUGAAGCAUAUGUUCCCUUCUGUCUUGUCUACGCUUCUGGUUCCCGUGCCGCUGCUGCCGCUGCCGGCGAAGUCGUCCCCCCAGACACAACUUGCCCAAACUGCAAGGAGGGUGAGGUGACUCGCAGGUUCGACAUGUGUGGCCUGUUGUCCAUGUUCUGUAAGCCGGAGAUGAGGUGCCGGGUGUGUGGGUUCGUGGCACACAAGGAGUGAGCCCCUCGUCACAGCCCUGGGGGAGGUGUAAACCCUUAGAGACCUUCGGGGAGAGAAAAAAGAAAAUUGUAUAAUUUUUAAUAGUUCUUGGAAACUCCUCAAAUUUUAUAUUUUUUAAUUUGUGAUGAAGAUAACGGCAGUUGCCGGCAUGUUUUAAUAUAAUUGUUGUAAUUUUUAGAUUGACUUUCUGUAUGUGGCUUUAUUAAGCCUGUAGAAUAAAAUACUAGUUUCCUAAAUGAACUAUUAAAUUUUACUACAAAAA